CUUCACUUCAUCACUGCUGGUCUUAACACCCAUCCAAGAAAAAGCAAUAUUGUUUUUUUAUUUUAUUCCCUUUUUCUCUCACAGCAACAACAACAUGAUGUGUCCUUCUUUUCUGCUUCUUUGUCCUUCUCUGACUUCUCCUCUCCCUUUGAUACUAGAUAUACAACACCACCAAACCCAGAACCUUCCUCUCUCUCUAUCUCUCUUCUCAUUCCUUCUUUCAAGAGCUUAUCCAACUCCAUCUCUCUCCCUCUUUUCCUUCUUUGAUUCUGUAACUACUAACUACACAUCUUGCGUUCAUCUGAUGAGGCGAACUUCUCCCAACCCUAACCCUUUUGAGGAUCCGAAGUUGAGACUUAACCAUCAUAGCCUUAUGCAAGAUUAUCAAGAACUGCACAUGGAUACUGAAGCAAUGAGACAGAAGUUACAGAGUAUGCGAGAGAGAAAGUCAAUACUAAUGGGCGAAGUCCGAUUUCUUCGGCGGAGAUACAGACAUUUGAGACAAGACCAGCCUGUUAUGCAGUCACCAGAUGUUAAAAAGGGCAGAGGAAGAUCAAAUGGUGGGAAGAAGAGUAAAACGCAAGUGUCUCCUAACAAGAGAAGUGAAGCAGAAACCAAACAUGUUUCACUUCCCGACUUAAACCACUCGGUAAACGAAACCAAAACCACUUUUGGGAAGAGAGUUCCGUUGUUCGAUCUAAACCAGAUAUCUGGAGAAGAAUUGGAAGAAAGAGAAGCAAUGAACAACGAGAGAACGAGAGUGGAAGAAAGUAAUAGACUGAGCAGCAUCGAGAUGCAGCUGCAGCAGCAGCAGAAAGAGAUGAAGCUAUCGUCUUGCAGGAACGGAGGAAACGGAUCAAAUAAGAGGAAAGUUUCGUGGCACGAUCCUGCUGCAGCAGCUCUCAGAGUCUAGUUACUCAAAAAAAGUCAAACCAUCUUGUCACAUAGUUCCACAUCAUCAAUGUAGCUGCUUUAUUUUGCUUUUAUCUUCUCCGUCGAAAACAUAUCUACUUAAAAACCUUAUCCGUUCUCUA